AUGUCGGACAAAAGCGACCUAAAAGCAGAGCUGGAGCGCAAGAAGCAGCGCCUCGCCCAAAUCAGGGAGGAAAAAAAGAGAAAGGAGGAGGAGAGGAAGAAGAAAGAGUCAGAGAGCCAGCAGAAGAGAGAGAUGACCCCAGAGGAUUCAGACUUAGACCGUAAGCGCAGGGAGACUGAGGCCCUGCUACAGAGUAUCGGCAUCUCACCGGAGCCUCCUCUAGUCCAUUCUUUGCAGCCGUUAAUGUUAGACUCAUGUUAUCUUCAUUAUUUAGUCCCGACCCCUGUGUCCCCCUCCAAAUCAGUGAGCACGCCCAGUGAGACGGGGAGCCAGGAUUCAGCUGACGGCGGAGCAGCGAGCAGGACACUGCAGUGGGACACAGAUCCUUCUGUGCUGCAGCUGCAGGCUGAUUCUGAGCUCGGGCGCAGGAUGCAGAGGUUGGGGGCCUCUAAGAUCACACAGGUAGACUUCCUUCCCAAAGAGGUGGUCUCUUACAGCAAAGAGACGCAGACACCACUCACAGCCCACCUGUCUGAAGAGGAGGAAGAGGAAGAUGAGGAGAUGAUGGAGGCGAAGCCGGGCCCUGAGUCGGAGCAGCAGGAUGAUGAUGACAACAGGGAAACCAAAGAAGGCUCAUUUCCGGUGCUGCGGGAGCUGACGGAGGAGGAGAGGCAGCAGAUCCUGCACUCCUCUGAGUUUCAGAACUUCUUCGACUGCAGCAUCCGGGUGAUGGAGCGAGCCCUGGCCGAAGACGGCGACAUCUUCUUCGACUACAGUGGCCGGGACCUGGAGGACAAAGAGGGAGACUUGGGUAGCGGUUCCAGCCUGUCCUUCAGCAGACUCUUCUAUGACGAACACUGGUCGAAACAUCGCGUGAUCACCUGCCUCGACUGGUCCCCUCAGUAUCCUGAGUUGCUGGUCGCCUCCUAUAACAAUAAUGAAGAUGCUCCUCAUGAACCGGAUGGUGUUGCCCUUGUAUGGAACAUCAAGUUUAAGAAGGCCACACCAGAGUACGUCUUUCACUGUCAGUCUCCUGUAGUGUCUGUGGGCUUCGCUAGGUUUCAUCCCAACCUAGUGGUGGGGGGGACUUACUCUGGACAGAUCGUCCUGUGGGACAACCGCAGUCACCGUCGGACCCCCGUCCAGAGGACUCCCCUGUCUGCUGCUGCGCACACUCACCCGGUGUACUGUGUGAACGUGGUCGGCACCCAGAACGCCAACAACCUGAUCACUGUGUCUACAGACGGCAGGAUGUGCUCCUGGAGUCUGGACAUGCUCUCCCAGCCACAGGAAACCAUGGAACUGGUUUACAAUAAAUCCAAACCUGUGGCGGUGACAGGCAUGGCUUUUCCCACGGGAGACGUUAACAACUAUGUUGUCGGGAGUGAGGAGGGCACUGUGUACACUGCAUCCAGACACGGCAGUAAGGCGGGUAUCUGUGAGAUGUUUGAGGGCCACCAGGGGCCCGUGACAGGCAUCAGCUGCCACAGCGCAGUGGGCACCGUCGACUUUUCCCACCUCUUCAUCACAUCCUCCUUCGACUGGACCGUCAAACUCUGGAGCACCAAGCACAACAAGCCUCUGUACUCGUUUGAGGACAACGCCGACUAUGUGUACGACGUCAUGUGGUCGCCCGUGCACCCCGCGAUCUUCGCCGCCGUGGACGGCAUGGGCCGCUUAGACCUGUGGAACCUCAACAACGACACUGAGGUACCAACUGCAAGCGUGACCAUCGAGGGCGCCUCGGCCCUCAACAGGGUCCGCUGGUCGUCAGGGGGGAAGGAGGUGGCUGUGGGCGACUCAGAAGGCCGAGUCUGGAUCUACGACACUGGAGAGCUGUCGGUGGCUCACACUGAUGACUGGGGGCGCUUCGCUCGCACCCUGAUGGAGAUCCGUGCUAACCGGGCGGACGGUGAGGAGGAGGGGCCUAUGGAGCUGGCUUCAUAGAGCAGGACUCCAAACCAAAGCGGAG